AAUGUUAGUGUGUUUAUGUAGGACGUUGUUACACCUGUUAUGAGUUGGCGAUAGAACCCCCUCUUCUGGUGCCUGGAUGCCCUUAAACGAGACACCUAUGACGUACAGCACCCCGGUCUAACUUGUCGUACUUGCAUACAUCAGAGUGGUUACUGUAAUUACGCUUAACUCUAAAUGUAUUCAGUCCAAACACUACAAUUUGGCUGUUUUUUUCUUCUUCAUUAAGUAUGAAAUGUUGCAACAGGAAGGGAAGGGGGGCCGGUCCGUUCGGGGUUCGGUCCGUGUAGAAACAACCUACUACUGUCGGAUUAGUGACUAUUGGAUUACCGAUGUGGAGCUUGUAACUGUGCUAAACCGGUGAUCUGGAGGAAGAUCCAGCUGAGGAACAUAACAGACAGCGAUUUAACCACCAGGCAGUUGAAGCACAAUGCCUGGAUCAACCCCAUCUAGCUGCCUGCCACAAUGGCCAAACGAUGUAGGAAUUAUUGCCUUGGAGGUGUACUUUCCCUCCCAGUUUGUUGACCAGACUGAGUUGGAGGAGUUUGAUGGAGUUUCCGCUGGCAAGUACACUAUCGGCUUGGGCCAGGCGCGGAUGGGCUUCUGCUCAGACAGAGAGGACAUCAACUCCUUGUGCCUGACUGUGGUUCAGCGCUUGAUGGAGAAGAAUGGCUUGGGGUUUGAUAGUAUAGGUCGCCUGGAAGUCGGCACCGAGACCAUUAUUGACAAGUCGAAGUCCGUCAAGACUGUCCUUAUGCAGCUGUUUGAGGCCUCUGGCAACACAGACGUUGAAGGCAUUGACACGACCAACGCCUGCUAUGGAGGUACAGCAGCACUGUUCAACGCUGUUAAUUGGGUGGAGUCCAGUUCCUGGGAUGGUCGGUAUGCUUUGGUGGUAGCAGGAGAUAUUGCCGUCUACGCGUCUGGCAGUGCCCGACCUACAGGGGGCGCUGGAGCUGUGGCCAUGCUGGUGGGUCCUGACGCACCGUUGGCGCUGGAUCGAGGCCUACGAGGAACUCACAUGACGCACGCCUAUGACUUCUACAAACCAGACAUGGUCUCAGAGUACCCGGUGGUCGAUGGAAAGCAGUCCAUUGAAUGCUACCUGAGUGCCUUGGACCGCUGUUACUCUGUAUACCGCAGCAAGAUCCAUGCACAGUGGCAAAGAGCUGGGGUGGAGAAAAGUUUCAGCCUGGAAGACUUUAGCUUCCUGGCAUUCCACUCGCCUUACUGCAAGUUGGUGCAGAAGUCGCUAGCACGGUUAAUGCUCAACGACUUCCUUGUGUCCAGCCCCAGCUCACAGACGGGACCCUUCGCCGACCUAGAGGCCUUCAGGGAUAUUAAACUGGCGGACACCUACUUCGACCGGGACGUGGAGAAGGCUUUCAUGAAGGCCAGUGCAGAACUUUUUGAGAAGAAGACAAAGUCCUCUUUGCUAAUCUCCAACCAGAAUGGCAACAUGUACACCCCAUCCGUCUACGGCUGCCUGGCCUCGCUUAUUGCAACACAUUCUCCUCAACAACUGGCAGGUCAGAGGGUAGGACUCUUCUCCUACGGCUCGGGUUUGGCUGCAACUCUCUACUCCAUCAGCGUUACACAGGACCAUACACCUGGGUCCCCACUGGACAAACUAGUGAGCAGCCUUUGUGACCUGAAGGCCAGACUAGACUCCAGGAGGAAAGUGUCUCCGAACGUCUUUAGUGAAAACAUGAAGCUGAGGGAGGAGACCCACCACCUCGCGAGCUACACGCCCCAUGGCUCUGUGGAGGAGCUGUUCCCAGGAACAUGGUACCUGACCAGGGUAGACGACAAGCACCGCAGGGAGUACGCCCGCUGUGCCAACAUCGACGACUUGCCAGAGGCCCGACAGACGAUGUCCAACACAUCAACAGAGCACAUCGUCGGCCACGCUACGAAGCUGCCCUGUGUCCGGGCCUCCGCGGUCAGCCCCGGGGAGGCGGUCAGCAACGGGGCCCACUAGCCUACCUCUGUGAGGUAUCCACCAACGGUCCACCUCGAUAGACGCUAGGAUUAACAUUUUACAUUUUAAUUGUUGAAAUUGAUUGUUUUCUAAUAACAUAGAAAGUUUGUACAAAGUAAUUAGGGGAGCUUUAAGUUGCCGGAACUGCCAAUAUUCCAAGAAAUACCAAUAAAAAAUGCUGUUCUUGGGAAACUGAAAGGCAAUACUAAAAAGAAGAGUAGAGAAGAUUCUACAUUUUACUUGACCGUUUCCAGAUGUUAGAUAUUUACGUUCAAGGGAGGGAAUAUGACAGCGAUGUGAUGCUAUUGUGUUCCAGUAGUUUAUAAUGAACUCACUGGAUAUCAAGAAGAGAAUUACCGCAGAUGAAAAAGCAAAUUAUAGGAAUAUAUUUUGGAACUGUUAAUUUAUACAUACAUGCUGCUAUGUGUCACCAUGAUGUCAUGUCUCUUCUAGCUGUACAAAGGAGCGAGUGACUCAAACUUAUUUCAUUUUAUGUUGCGAUACCUUUAUCUGGUGUCUGGGAAACAUCAUCAUGAAUAUCCUUUUUGUAUGACCUGUGUGAAUCAGUAAUGGUGACAUUAUGAUCAGCUUAAUUUGCUGCCACAUCACCAGUCAGUUUUUUUUU